AUGGCUUCCCACCAACUGGUCAAGCUUUUUGUCUGUUUUGCAUUGUCUAUUCCGUCCUGGACACUCACAUGCCAUUUCUCGACCAUGUGUGUCAAUGACUAUGAUGUCAUUGAUAAUCAAAACGUUUGCAUGGCAUACAUCCACGUUCCGAGCGGAGGAUUUUAUUUUGGAGGAUUGAUCCAUGAUGUAAAGAAAAUCAGUCCAACCUACAAUCUCACUUCCGGACAAGACUGUCAAAUCAAGACUGUGGACAACGAUCAAUUUUACGAGUGUUUCUGCUUCACUCCGCUUUGCAAUCACCCGUACAGUGUGAAGGAGUUUGUCUCCAGAGGUUCUACAUUGAAACCAAUCUAUGUCCGGUCCUCCAUGUAA